UUGUUCCAAAAUGAAGGAGCCACAACUCUACUGGAUUCAGUGAGAAGGGUUCGAGGUCUCGAACAGCCAAGUUGAAAGGAGGAGAAGGAGAAGGAGAAGGAGAAGAAGUAGAAGAACCCUAACCAAGUUUAUCUCCGAAGUUAGAAUCUAAACGUUAGAGGAGAGCCAUGGAGGGGAUGGGCUCCGAUGGUUCGGGCGAGCUCCAAUGCGUGGGUACGUUGGAGAUCGUUCCACCAAAACCUGUUGGUUUCCUCUGCGGAACUCUUCCCGUUCCCACUGAUAAUGCUUUCCACCACGCCUUCAACUCCGCUAUCGUUCCUUCCUCUCAAACUGUGAGUGCACCUCGUUAUCGAAUGCUUCCGACGGAGACGGAUCUUAACACUCUUCCUCUCUUAUCGCAUUUCCCUGACAAGGUCCUCCCCGUUGAUGCUGUACGCUCCAAGACCGGCGGUGAUUUACACUGGGAUAGUGGACCUGUCAAUCAAAAUCUUGCUAGGAAAUGUGAGGCACUUGCUGUAUCUGGCCUGGCAGAAUAUGGAGAUGAAAUAGAUGUCGUUGCUCCAGCUGACAUUGUGAAACAGAUCUUUAAGAUGCCCUACUCCAAGGCUCAGUUGUCUAUUGCAGUUCAUCGUAUUGGACAGACUCUUGUUUUGAAUACAGGGCCUGAUGUUGAAGAGGGAGAAAAAUUGGUUAGAAGACAUAACAACCAAGCAAAAUGUGCAGAUCAAUCCUUAUUCUUGAAUUUUGCCAUGCAUUCUGUCAGGGUCGAGGCCUGUGAUUGUCCACCCUCUAAGUUUGGUCCAUCAGAAGAGCAAGCAGAUUCAACCAUUUUACCUGGACAAUACGAAUCUAGGAAGGGUUCUUUUGUAUCUUCCAAUAAUCCUACUCAAGGUGAUGGCUCCCAAUAUCUUGGUCAGGGUGCAGAUGGUAGUCAAAAGGCCAGAUUAAGGCAUUGUACGGAGUAUUCUAAUGUUAACCCGGAUGACUUCGCUUGGGCCAGUAAGCGGAAUAAGAGAAAUAACAGGCGUGAUGCUGUAGAGAAAACGUCACAAGUGGGUGAAAAGACUAGAUGCAGGGUUCAAGAGUCUGAUAAGUACAGGAGAGUUGGUAAUGAUGGUUUCCUAAGGGCAUUGUUUUGGCAGUUUCGUAACUUCCGCAUGCUUCUAGGCAGUGAUUUGCUUUUGUUCAGCAAUGAGAAGUAUGUUGCUGUGAGCUUGCACUUAUGGGAUGUUGCACGACAGGUCACUCCAUUAACUUGGCUUGAAGCGUGGCUUGACAAUGUCAUGGCAAGUGUGCCUGAAUUAGCCAUCUGUUAUCAUCAAAAUGGUGUUGUUCAAGGGUAUGAGCUUCUGAAAACAGAUGAUAUAUUCUUGCUCAAGGGCAUCUCUGAGGAUGGCACACCUGCUUUUAAUCCUCAUGUUGUCCAACAAAAUGGACAUUCAGUUUUCAGGUUCCUCCAGGAUAACUGCAAGCAAGAUCCUGGUGCUUACUGGCUCUACAAGAGUGCUGGAGAGGAUGUAAUUCAUCUUUUUGAUCUAUGUGUUAUUCCGGAGAACCAUUCAACUGAUGCUCAUGAUAAUAGCUCUAGUGCUCUGCCAUCGCUAAUGCACAGAAGGAGAAGAGAUUCCUUAUUCUCGUUGGGAACUCUUCUUUCCCGUGUUGCCCAUAGGCUAUCACUUUCAAUGACUCCUAAUGGUAGGUCCAAGUGUGCGAGGCUUUUCAAAAAAUGUUUUGAGUUCCUGGAUAAGCAGGAUCAUCUGGUGGUCCGGGCAUUUGCUCAUGAGCAAUUUGCGAGGCUUAUCUUGAAAUGUUAUGAAGAACUGGAUUUAACACCUGAAUUCCUUCCGCUGGAGUCUGAGGUUACUGUUACUGAUGCUGAAGGUGAGUCCUCAGACUAUUCUCUGAGUGUGGCUGGAUCAAUUGGUUGUGAUAAGUUUUCCUCGCAAGUUGCUGAAAAGACACCUUCAACUAAUGAUACAAAGAUUGCUCAAGAGUUGGUAGCAGAGGUGGCAUCUCCAAAACAGAAUUUGGAAGCAAAUGUAUCUGCUUCUGGGAAAAUUCUUACUUCAGAAAGCACUGAAAAAGGAAAACUGAGUGGAGAUCUUACGGGGUCCGAAGAAGAGGAUAGCCUAGUAAUUUGUCAGGGACCUACAACUAACUCACAUGUUGUUCAAACCAUUGCUGAUCCAAUCUCUUCUAGAUUGGCUGCAAUACACCAUGUAUCUCAAGCCAUCAAGUCUCUUAGGUGGAAGCGUCAAUUGCAGAGCACUGAAGAAGAACUUAUGGAUCAUGGGAAUAGAACUCAAGACAGGUCCUCAGCUGUCCACUUUACUGUCUGUGCUUGUGGUGAUCCCGACUGUAUUGAAGUUUGUGAUAUCAGAGAAUGGCUUCCAAAAUCUAAAAUGGACCAUAAGUUGUGGAAACUUAUUCUUUUGCUUGGAGAGUCUUAUUUGGCUCUUGGAGAAGCUUAUAAAGAGAAUGGUCAACUGAAUCAAACUCUAAAAGUUGUUGAAUUAGCAUGUUCUGUUUAUGGAUCAGUGCCUCAACAUCUUGAGGAUGCCCAAUUUAUUUCAUCUAUAAUUAUUAGCUCCCCAUCCCAUUCAAAGUUUGAUGGUGUAAGUGGAAAGACGAAAUCCUUUCUAGAUGAUGAAACAGAUUCAGAUUCUGGUUUUUCUGAUAAUAGUUUUACUACUGAACAAUUAUCUUCGUCAUACCCAUUCUGGGCUAAGGCAUGGACGCUUGUUGGGGAUGUAUAUGUUGAGUAUCAUAUUAAGAGAGGUAAUGAAAUCUAUAUGCAAGGAAAAGCUCGUAGUAGUGAGUUGAGAAUGUCUUCAGAAGUUCUGAAGGAGGUAAAAAGACUCAAGAAGAAGUUGGGACAGUAUAAGCAGAACUGCAGUACUUGUUCUUUGAUUAAUUGCAGCUGCCAGAGCGAUAGGGCGAGCAGUGGUAACAGUGCAAGCAGCAGUAGUGGAAAUACACGCCCAUUAGCUUAUGGUAGAAAACAGAGUAAAAGAUCUAAUUCGAAGAACUCUCUGCCUUCACUGUUUGAAUAUUCAGAAGAUGGCCUUGUUCACCCCAAAGCUGAAAUUGAAAGUGAUUUUCAAGGUCCCAAAAAUGAUAGAGGUGGUGAGUCUGGUGACACACUUAUUCAGGCUUUGCAUGCAGCAGAUGAGUUAGGGGUGACCUAUUUGUCUAGUAAUUCUGGACAAUCUAAGGGUACUUCAGCAAUGCAAAAUAAUGACUCUACAUCUAAAGAGAAAACUGGUGGAAUUUUCAAAUUUCUCGAGGGUCCUGUAGUUGGAGAUAUAGAGUAUAAUCUUUCAGCUGCCAUAAACUGUUAUGAUGCAGCUAGGAAAGCUAUGUUCACUAGUUCAUCUGAACUACAGUCAAUUCUCAAAAAGAAAGGAUGGGCGUGCAAUGAGCUUGGUCGGAUUAGGCUUGAAAGCAAAGACUUGGACAAAGCUGAACUUGCAUUUGCUGAGGCCAUAAAUGCAUUCAAAGAAGUUUUUGAUCAUACCAAUAUUAUUUUGAUAAAUUGUAAUUUGGGCCAUGGAAGAAGAGCAUUGGCUGAAGAAAUGGUUUCCAAAAUGGAAAAUCUGAAAGCACAUACACUCUUCCAGAGUGCAUACAACCAAGCUGUGACAUCUGCUAAACAGGAAUACAGUGCGUCCCUAAGAUACUAUGGUGCAGCCAGGGCAGAAUUGAAUGCUAUUGGGGAGGGGGCUGGUUCAGUGUCAAGCAGCUUAAGAGAUGAAGUAAGUACCCAGUUUGCUCAUACAUAUCUCAGGCUUGGCAUGCUUUUGGCUAGAGAAGACAUUUCUGCAGAAAUUUAUGAAAAUGGAGUACCAGAUGAUCUGCCCGUAGUUUAUGUUAGUCCUAGUGAGAGGAGGAUAACUAAAGAACCGAGGAAGCGUGAGAUUUCAGCCAAUGAUGCCAUUAGGGAAGCUUUGUGCAUAUAUGAUUCCUUGGGUGAACUGCGCAAACAGGAGGCAGCUUAUGCAUAUUUUCAACUUGCUUGCUACCACAGAGACUGUUGUUUGAAAUUUCUGGAUUCGAAUCAUAAGCAAAUUAAUCCAUCUAGAAGUGAGAGCAUUCUUCAGAAGGUUAAGCAGUAUGCUUCUUUGGCUGAAAGGAACUGGCAGAAGUCUGUAGAUUUUUAUGGCCCAAAGACACAUCCCACAAUGUACCUGACUAUUCUGAUGGAAAGAUCAGCUCUUUCAUUGAGCCUCUCAUACUCUUUUCAGUCAAACAUGAUGCUGGAAUCAGCUCUAUCUCGCCUGCUUGAGGGUCACCAAGCAUUUGGAGAACCAGGCACAGAUUCUUUGAGCAGCAACAGUUCUGAGGUUUAUGCCAAGCUGUGGAGCCAGUUGCAGCUGCUACUGAAGAGGAUGUUAACAGUGGCACGAUCAGGAAGUGCGAACAAAUCUUCUCAGGCAGUCCCCCUGAUGAGUAGAUCUGGAGAUGUUGGGAAGUUGAAGGAGCUAUACAGAAUGUCGCUGAAGUCCACAGAUGUGAGUCAAUUGUGUGCCAUGUAUGACUUGUGGAUGUCAUAAUUCACAGUAAACUGAUACUGACUGAAUUUUUGCUGAUACAUAGAACGGAUUUAUUUUCUGAGAUUUUGAAAUGGGAAAUUAGAACCUUUGUUUGUAGUUCGAUUUAUAUCAUUGUAAGUAAUAGGAAAUAAAAUAAAUGGCCAAUCUCAGGUUUUGUGUAAGAUUUUAUUGCAUUUGA